GAACAAAAAAAUAUAGAAAAGUGUCUGUGUAUAAUACUUAAGGAAGAAGUGAUAUUGCGUCCGCAUCUCUGAUAUGAAUAGCGCCGUGUACUGUGGAAAGUUUUUAUUGUAAAUGCCCAAAAAAUCAACGAGUAGAACUCACGAUCAAGUUAACACCACUGCACCAGAGUUUCUUCGCUUAUGUUUAUUGACAUUUGCAUAAAAAUAGGGUGAAAGUGAUUAAAAAUUUCUGACAAUAUGCAAUCAUUUAAAGCCGAUGAGCUUCCGAAAAACCCCCGUGAACGAAUUAACCCAAUUGCGGAACUCAUGUUCUGCUUUGUGUUUCCCGUGUUGUUCAAGGGCCGGCAAAAAACACUAGAUCCAACAGAUCUAUACCGUCCGCUUAAGGAACACAAAUCAGAAACACUUGGGGAUCGCUUGUGUGCAGCAUGGGAUGAAGAGGUUACUCGUAGGACUGCCCAAAAGAAGUCACCUCGCCUGGGACGGGUUGUAGUGCGAGUGUUUGGCUUCCAUUUAUUUAUAACUGGAGUGCUAUUAGGAUUCAAAGAGAUUCUGACAAGGGUGACCCAGCCAAUUUUCCUCUUUGGUAUUAUGGCAUACUUUACGAAUGCUGAUCCUGAUGAAAGCAAGGCAAUCUUCUAUGCUGUUGGACUUAUUUCCGCAUGUGUGCUAACAGUUAUUACUGGACACCCUUGUAUGCUGGGAAUUAUGCACUUGGCCAUGAAAAUGAGAAUCGCCAUUAGCAGUAUGGUAUAUCGGAAGUCAUUACGCUUGAGUCAUGCGGCUCUCUCUGACACGUCGAUUGGUCAGGUUGUGAAUUUGCUUUCGAAUGAUAUAGGGCGCUUUGACUCAGUUCUGGCCACUAUUCAUUUCAUGUGGCUAGGCCCACUUCAAUUGGUAGUAAUAACAUAUCUAAUGUAUGAAAAGAUUGGAGUUUCAAGCCUUUUUGGCGUCCUUCUAAUGUUGAUUUUCACACCUCUUCAAGCUGGACUAGCCAAAAAGACAUUUGCACUACGCCUUCUCACUGCAGUUCGCACAGAUGAACGUGUACGGAUCAUGAAUGAGAUUAUUUCUGGCAUCCAAGUGAUCAAAAUGUAUGCUUGGGAGCAACCUUUUGGCAGACUGGUGGAACGUGUGCGGCUCAAGGAGAUGAAGCUUAUCAAAACAGCAAACAACAUUCGUGGCAUGCUUAUAGCUUUUGGGAUAUGUCUAUCCCGGACCUUCACCUUCGCCAGUCUUGUGGGCUAUGUUCUACUGGGCAAUGUCUUAACAGCUGGUGAAGCAUUCUUUAUCACAGCCUACUUCAGUCUGCUGCAGCGAACGGUCACCAAUUUCUUUCCGCUUAGUAUUUCACAAUUUGCGGAGCUUAUUGUUUCUAUAAAUCGACUGCAAACAUUUCUACUUCGAGAAGAAAUUCAGCAUUGUUCGAGCAAUAUGAACCAUAGCAAUGAAGACAAACUAAAGGCCGAGGACGAGGAAACUCUUGUUGAAUUUAAACAAUUCUACGCUAAGUGGGAAGCCGAUGCCACAGCAAACACUCUCCAUGAUAUUAAUCUACAACUUGGUCAUCAACAACUCGUCGCUAUAAUUGGCCCGGUAGGGGCUGGAAAAUCCAGCUUGAUACAGUCUAUUCUCGGCGAGCUGCCUGCUGACAAUGGCACCGUGAAGGUCAAUGGAAGAUUCUCUUAUGCCUCUCAAGAGCCCUGGCUCUUCACUGGAACCGUGAGGGAAAACAUUCUUUUCGGACUCACUCUGGAUAAACAUCGCUACCGUACAGUAGUAAAGAAAUGUGCUCUGGAACGUGACUUUGAACUUCUACCUCAGGGUGAUAAAACUAUCGUUGGUGAGAGAGGAGCCUCACUCUCUGGAGGCCAAAAGGCACGCAUAAGCUUGGCAAGAGCUGUCUAUCGUCGAGCGGAUAUUUAUCUUUUAGAUGAUCCACUCAGUGCAGUGGACACUCAUGUGGGUCGACAUUUAUUUGACCAGUGCAUGAGAGGAUAUCUUCGAAGUGAAUUAGUUAUAUUGGUAACACAUCAACUGCGGUUUCUGAAACAAGCCGAUCUUAUUGUCAUAAUGGACAAAGGAAAAAUAAGUGCCAUGGGAACGUAUGAUGCAAUGCAACGCAGUGGCCUGGACUUUGCACAGCUGUUGUCUGAUCCGAAUAUUAAUGAUAACAUAACUGAGGACAGAAAGGAAGCUCCUUGUGUCAAUCCAUGCACAGAUCCAGAAAAUAAUCGCUUUGGAAAUAGUAGUCGACACACUUCUCGCACUAAUAGCUUUAAGUCGACGGACUCCAUAAUUGAAUCUAUUAAUCAAGAAUCUCCGAUAACUCAGCAAGAAUCACGUAUCAAGGGCAAGAUUGGGUUGAGACUCUAUAUGGAAUACUUAACCGCUGGCGGUGGCUGGUUCAUAAUAAGUUUAUUAAUAUUCUUAUAUUUAAUUACGCAAUUCGUGGGUUCCGCUGCUGAUAUAUUUUUAUCUUACUGGGUCAAUAAAAAUCAAAGCUCCAAGAGCACCGGUAACAAUUCGGAUUCAGUUGACAUCUACUACUUUACGGCCCUAAACCUGGCUGUGAUUGUAUUUACCGUGAUCCGCACAUUGCUCUUCACUAAAUUGGCGAUGCGGAGCUCCGCAAACUUACACAAUGCUAUGUUUUGUGGCAUCACCAGAGCGUCAAUGUACUUUUUCAAUACUAACCCGUCAGGCCGGAUACUAAAUCGGUUCUCUAAAGAUAUUGGGCAAAUUGAUGAAAAUCUUCCAAGUAUUCUGCUGGAUGUGAUCCAAAUCUUUCUCACAUUGACUGGAAUCAUUGUUGUUAUCUGCAUAACCAAUCCCUAUUAUCUUUUAUUAACCCUCGGACUUGGAGUCAUUUUCUAUUAUAUCAGAGAAUUCUAUCUAAAGACAUCGAGAGAUGUAAAACGACUUGAGGCAGUGGCCAGAUCUCCCAUCUAUUCGCACCUCAGCGCUUCCCUCAAUGGACUUCCAACUAUUCGAGCACUGGGGGCACAAAAAACUCUUAUUGCUGAGUUCGACAAUCUUCAGGAUUUGCAUAGCUCCGGCUAUUACACGUUUCUGUCUACGAAUCGUGCAUUUGGCUACUAUCUGGAUCUCUUCUGUUCGUUAUACAUUGUGAUCAUUAUAAUCAACUACUUCAUCAAUCCGCCCGAAAACUCAGGUGAGGUGGGCUUAGCCAUCACACAGGCCAUGGGCAUGACUGGCAUGGUCCAGUGGGGCAUGCGUCAAUCUGCAGAGUUGGAGAAUACCAUGACGGCGGUUGAACGUGUCGUUGAGUAUGAUGAGAUUGAACCAGAAGGCGAGUACGAAUCUAAACCAAACAAGAAGCCUCCCAUCACUUGGCCAGAGCAUGGACAAAUUGUGGCCGACGACCUGAGUUUACGCUAUUUCCCCGAUCCAAGUUCCAAAUAUGUGCUCAAGUCCCUUAACUUCGAAAUCAAGCCCAUGGAAAAAGUAGGAAUUGUAGGUCGCACUGGUGCUGGCAAAUCUUCGCUCAUUAACGCCCUCUUCCGACUAUCCUACAACGAUGGCGCCAUCGUCAUAGACAGUCGGGACACCAAUGAACUUGGAUUACAUGACCUGCGAAGCAAGAUCUCCAUUAUUCCUCAGGAGCCAGUUUUGUUCUCUGGGAGCAUGCGGUAUAAUCUCGACCCCUUCGAAGAGUACAGCGAUGUCAAGCUGUGGGAUGCCCUGGAAGAGGUCAAAUUAAAACCAGUAAUCAGUGAACUUCCGAAUGGUUUGCAAAGCAUUAUCUCCGAGGGCGGCACCAAUUUUAGUGUAGGUCAGAGACAGCUUGUGUGUCUAGCACGGGCGAUUCUUCGCGAGAAUCGCAUUCUUGUAAUGGACGAGGCCACAGCCAAUGUGGAUCCACAGACAGAUGCCCUCAUCCAGGCCACGAUUAGAAACAAGUUCAGGGAGUGCACAGUGCUGACAAUAGCCCAUCGUUUGAACACGAUUAUGGAUUCAGACAAGGUCUUGGUCAUGGACGCUGGACAAUUGGUUGAAUUUGGUUCUCCCUACGAGCUCUUGACUCAGUGUGAUUCAAAAAUAUUCCACAGCAUGGUGAUGGAAACUGGACAAAGAAACUACGAAGGGCUAUUACAUGUAGCUGAAAAGGCUCAUUUGGAUUCGCAGAAAACUAAGAGAACCUAGAAACAUUUAAUAUAUAAUUAUUUACAUACAUAUGUAAAUAAAUUGUAGUAUAAAUGGUAGUUUAAUUUUAAAAUAACACUGCCGAUAAUUUCCCAAAAAUAAGACACUUUAUAAUUUGCUAUUGUGUUUAUUGAAUAUUUAUUCAAGUAUAUACGAUAUAAAAAAUAAGUUCAAUUGUCAUGUUUUAUCGCAACAAAAAAAUGUAUUGUGGAUCUACCAAAUGUGUCAGUCAAGUAAUUUAGAUAAGAUAAAUAACUAUUUGUGUUGUAUAGCAUUACCCAAGUUACAAAUAAAG